CAACCCCACGUGUGCCUUCUGUUUUGAGUGACGCAGCCCGAUGCGGAAGUAAAGAUGUAACGAAACUCAUCAGUUAAUGCAGUCGGUAGUGUCAAAAGUAUGCCAUAAACUGUGUUUUUAAGUGAUUCGUAAGCCUACCAUGGCUUCGGAGGACUCGGGUGGUGUGGACCGGGCUCCGAUCUGCCUGUGUGUCCUCUGUGGGCUCCCUGCAGCCGGUAAAUCCACGCUGGCUCGGAGGCUCCUUAGCGACUCUGUACGUCUCGGCUGGAGGGUCAGUGUGGUGCCGUAUGAUGACCUGAUCCCGGAGCAUGCUUUUCAGACCAAGGUGGUGGAGGACGGUGUCAAACUACAAGACAUGGUGAACAGAUGAAGUUAAAUGAGAUGUUUUUUCAAUGGAGUUCAUGCACCCCUGAACAUAGUGGAUUUAUUCAUGAUUGUUAUUGUUUUCUUUUUGUUUCUAGCACACUGAGUGGAAGCUACAUAGACAAGCAGUACUGCAUUGUAUUGAACAGUUCUUGAAGGGACCCCAACAGCCAAGCAGCCCUCACAUCAACAUGGCAGCAUGGGAGCGAUGCAAUAAAACUCUGCUGCAACCUGAAACUCCUCACAGGGCACCACUUUUAUUCUUGCUGGAUGACAACUUCUACUACCAAAGCAUGAGAUAUGAAGUGCACCAAGUUGCCAGAAAGAGUAAGCACACUUAAAUAUCUCCAAAAUGCGCCCCCUUUUCUCCCUCACAGAUGCUCAAAAGCUGGUUCAUGCCUUCAUCUCCUCCAAGUUGGACUACUGCAACGCACUUCUCAUCUGGAUCCCUAGCAAGAGUCUGCAUAGAGAGUGCUCAAACAUGAUCAUAUCAACCCCCAUCCUCCAAUCACUCCACUGGCUCCUCUGGUUUCCACCAGGAUGGGGUACAAGGUUUCUCUCCUCACACACCGUUGCAUCCAUGGACAUGCCCCCACCCACCUCAAAGAACUUCUACACCCACAAAAACUCACUCACACCUCCUCUUCACCCCCAGAAGCCCUCUGUGCUGCUGCCCCACACCUUUGUUCUUUCCAUUUUAGCAGAACUUUUGGUCCCUAAUCAUAGAUUCUUAUCUCGCUUUUACUCUUUUAUUAAGAUGUUUCUCUUGUUUUUUAACCAAUAACCUGUUUUUAUAUUCCUUUACUGUGAAAUUUCUUUGUUUUUAAGCUGUAGCCCUUUGAGGUCGCUUGAUGUAAAGGGCACUACAAAUAAAAUGUAUUAUUAUUAUUAUUAUUAAAUGCUCAGAAGAUUUUGCCGUAAGUCUACUCAUAUGUCCCUUAAGUGAUGUGCGUUUUAUUGUCUUGAUUUCUUGCUUGUUCCUUUUAGAUUCACUCGGUUUCUGUCAGGUGUAUCUGCAGUGUGAUUUGGAGUCAUGCAUCAGCAGAAACCAGAGCAGGUCUGAGCCCGUUCCCGCUGAGGUGAUGGGGGACAUGGUGAAGCGUUUGGAGCCUCCAAAUCCACAGAAGAACUCGUGGGAGAAAAACAGCGUUUCUCUCAACACUACAGACAAGAUGUCUGACUGUGACAUGUAAGAAAUAGCAGCUGGAAACCUUUCUACAAAGUUUUAUGUCAUAUCAGGUACUCACUGGUUGCUUGUGUGUGUUACUCUGCUUGUAUGGCUGUUUUUCAGACAGAGGGUGAUGGAGGUGAUCUCUUCUGCAAUGAGCAACCCACUGAGGCCUGUGGAGGACAACACAGAACAAACAGUGCGUCAACAAGCUCCCAUUGAACCUUUUGGAAAUGGGUUUAAAUCUGUGUUAAAUCUAUAUGUUGUUGCAGGAGGCUGACCGUCUGAAAUGUGCCACCAGUGUAAUCCACCAGGCUGACCAGGCAUGCCGGCGCCUCAUCUCUGACGCUAUGAAGACUGCUAAAGGUCAGCUUUAAAACUAAAUGACUUUUUUUUCGAGUUUUUCUUUAGUAGCGAAUAAUUACUUCUUGUUUUCUUUUACUCUAACUUUAGAAAAUCAAGUUCCACCUACGCAAAUGAAGUCCUUGGCUGCUCUGUUGAAUGAAUCCAAGACAGCUUUUCUUCACAACCUGCGAGGAGAGUUGCUACAGGAAAGUACUUUCAUUCAAGAAGAAGACAUGGAUGUAGAGCGUGUGGUGAAAAGAGCUGUGGAUGUUUUUGAUCAUGAGAAAAACAAAAUUCUCUUAAAUAUUGUCAGAGGAGUGACUUGAAACCUGGAUUUUCACAAAUAAGGGUUACAUGUCAUCACUGGGGAUGUCUUUGGGUUCUUCUCAGUCUCAUCAGGCUGGAGAGCUUAAUUGGACACACCUGGAGCCUCUCACACAGAGCAGGUAAUACUUACACACGGGUGUGUCCAGUUCAGCUGGAGCGCUUAAUUGGACACACCUGUGUGUGAGUAUUACCUGCUCUGUCUAUGUAAGAGGCUCCAGGUGUGUCCAAUUAAGCUCUCCAGCUUGACUGAGAAGAACUCAAAGACACACUUAGAUAGACCUCUUACUAUUGCACUGACAAUAUUCAACUGAGACUGAAACGUUUGCUGCUUGUUUGAUCCUAGCAAUAAAAUAGAUCCAACUUUUGAAGACAUUUGUCUUUUCCAUCUUUCUGUGCAUGAGUACUCUACAGCCUUUUUGAAUCACUAGGGACUAUAAAAAAAACUCAGUUUUUCAUCUGUUUCUGGAUGGUUGUGACACUCAAGCGCAACAAAAUAAAUGGACAAAUCAUUUUAUUUUAUCAAAUAAAGUUUAUUUUUUUAAAGACAAACUUUCCUCCAAACAUUAUCACGCUUUUAACAAACUGACACAUGGAUGAAUGUUGGCAUGAUCUGCAAAAAUGAUGUGAAAUGUUGAUCAUAUUAUCUUUAUGUAUCAUCAUGUACCCUUAAAGAGAGGAGUCCAUUAGUUUUACAGCUGCUCUUUGAGCCACUUACAAGAAAAAUACACAUUAACAAGUAAAUUGAAUUGUCUCUGCCUUCCUUCCAGACCAACAUUUUCAUAUAAAACAUUCCACAUAAAAAAACCUACUCUGAAGAGCGUCUAUAAAAACUACUGGCAUGCGCAGCAUCAUGAAAUACUCAAAACAGGGGAUAAAUAUUCAUUUUAAAAACUUUAAUGUGUUAAAUUAGUAACAACAUAUGAAAAAAUAACAUUAAAAUUCCUAUGGAGUCCAUAGAGUGAGGUAUACAUGUCAAAACAGCAAGCAGGGUUUGAAUGACACAUAAUUAACAUAAAUUUUUAAUCAUAAAAUGGGCAGUCAGCUUUGAAACAUCUCACUGAUUAUACUUCAGGGGGAUUUUGUUAUUUUUGCACAUGUGGACUCCAAGAGAUGUAGUUGCUAUCCCAAAACUGGACCCCGAAAAUGAAAUAGUAGCUGCAUCGGCUCGAGAAAAAAAAAAAAAAGGGAAACGACAUACAAAUGUGCAGUUCAAUUUUUUUGUGUGUUAAGUGUGUUGUUUUCUCCCCACUGUAUCUCUAUGUGUUGUUUUGCUCUGUGUAUGCAUCAAUCUCUAACAUAAUCCCUUUUCACUUCCGCACUCCUGAAAAUUUCAGGGAAUUUCUGAAACUCAGCCUCAGUAAUUUUCCAGAGUUGCUUACAUGAAUACAGCUCCAAAAGAAAGGAAAAAAGCUUUAGUGAAGGCUUCCAGUUAACUGAACGGUUGAGCAUCACCUCCACUAGUUACAGCUCAAAUUACUCGUCAGUUUAACAAGUCAUUAAUGUCUUUAUCAGUAUAAGCUCAUGUCAUAUACAUAACACUAUAAUGCUUACUACCUGGGCAUGAACAAGCACAGAGGAAAAAUGAGUGCUGUAUCUAUAACAUAGUGAUGUGCAGGUUGUGUCUUGUUAAACUGACAUAUAACAACUCAACCAAAGCAGCGUGUAACAGGCACAGGCAUGUGGACGUUAACUUGCAAAGGGGAGCACAGGCUGGUGGUGCUUGCUCUGCUACUGUAAGUCACACUUAGUAAACCAAUUUUAGCACCACUUACCCUCAGACUAAGUGAUCCCUUGUUGAGAUGUGUUAUAAGCUCAGUUUUGACUGUUACCUCAGUGUUGUCGUACUCUGUCUGUUUAGAGGUCCUGAAAUUACUGUUGAAACAAAGAUGAAAUUGAGGGUUUCAGAUCAUCCCGUAACUGGGAGCUAUGCCGAACUGCAGUAAAGCAACAAUGUGAUGAAGUUGAUGAGUAUGAAAUAAGACAGGUAUUAAAAUCUAAAGAAAAAUGAUUCAGUGCUAACGUGUAUAGCUGUACAUGAAAUUUAUAAAAAAGCCGGACAUUACAGAUGCUUAAAAACCUCACACUGAACUGGCAAUAUGAAAAAGGCUCUAUAUACACCCAAGCUGCUGUGAAUCACUUUUUAUGUUGUCCACGGGCAAAAUGACAAGCAAAGUCAUAUUUGUCUAUACACAUGUGGCCACAGAUGUUGCACUGAUAUGGAUGCUCGUAACCAUGGCAGCCCAUGUGAAUAGUGUAGAGGAUAUUAUCCACAAAGUGAAUAUCACAAUGCGGACACUUCUGCAGGAGAUGCUGGUCUAAGGCAGUCUGAGCAAGAGGGGCAGGUGUCCCCGGCUGACUGUUGCUCAUACUCGCAGUCAGAGUGUUCAUGCUGCUUUCAAAGCCUGAGCCAGGUACAGGACUGCAGCUCUCAUGGCCGGACCUAGGGGACUCUUUUGGAUGAGGUGAAGUCUGAACUCCGUUUGAAGACAUUGAAACAUGCUCACUUGAAAUCUGGUGGAUGAUGAUGGGCUUCUCGUCUCUUAAGGAC